CGGUAUCCAACGCUCUGCAGUUCCAUACUUCUCACAUCACACAUCAUAUCGGAUCAAAACCGAACUCUUGGGAUGAACUGUCACAUAUGCUCUCGUGCUCCAACAUCACGACUUAGAUACCUUUGUCCUUCUUGUGCCCGCAAUCAGCUCUAUCAGCUUCGAAUCGAAAAUGCCAGGAUUCUUCUAGAAAAUGAGUCCUUGGGACAACAGAUUAACAACGCAGUGUCCUCUACAAAUACUCACGAAGCAUCAUUGGAACGGCCUGAAUCCGGACUUCUGAGUCUCAGAGAUGAGGACCACGUAGCCUGGUCUAUCCAAAUCAUCGCCAAUGAGAAAGCCAAAUCCUCUUUGAGGAGAAAGCUACUUGAAAGUCGGACAGAAAACUUACGGCUGGAGAUCAAAAAAAAAAAGCGCAACAUUUCCGAACAUAAGCUUACGCUAGCGCAACGUCGCUCGGAUGCAGGAUCCGCAAAAUAUCAACUUGCGGAACGUGAAGCCGCCAUCUUAUCUGGCAUUCAUAACAAUGCCAAAAGAACGGACCACCUGUGGCACUCAUUACACAGUAAAACUGCUGAGGCUCGGAUAUUUCUAUGCCGCGAAGCCGCCUACCUUUAUAAUCUACGGCAGAAAGUCAAAAAGAAAGAUGGUGAAGUUAAAGAGGCAUAUACAGUCGGUGGCAUACCUAUCAUAGAUCUUAGGGACAUGAAUGGAAAGUUGCGAUGUUUCAUUUGUCAAAUGCUAAGCAAAUAUUAAUGGAAAUACAGGUGCUACACCGCUUCAAAUCUCAACGUCAUUCUCCUACAUUGCUCAACUCCUAGUACUUGUUUCGCAUUACUUAUCCC